AACACUUAAAAAAAGAAAGAAAAUUUCUCGUUCAUUAAGUCUUCUAAAAAGUUUAAAUAGAAACUUAAAUGUAUGAGAUUACGCAUUUUCGAAUACGAUUAGUGUUUUCCGCUUGGAAAGAUAAUAAAAACAAAAAUGGCGACUUUUUUCUAAGUAAUUGUAAACUAGCAGAAAUGUUAAAUAAAAAUCGUUUGAGAAUAGGGGAAAUUUUUAUAUAAAAGUUUGAAAUGUGACCUUGAGUCAUUUUGGAAUUUAGCAAUGAUUUUUACAUCAUAAAGAAAACAGUAUUUAUCUAUCCCUGAUGUCUAGAAAUUAAUGGAUUGGGCGGAGUUUCGUUUUACAAGGAUGGAAAUGGAACAAUAAAGGAUGGUGCCCUGUGUCUUGACUGCCAUCACUAGACUGAUUUUCGCGUCCUACAUAUCUAUCAUUGUGUGUUUUUAGUAUUUUUUCGCAUAACAUCGCCAACACGUUUUGCUUUUUAUUCUCCAAUUUCGCAAAACGGAUGGGCGAAUAAAACGCAAUUCGGGUGUGGCUGUUAAGGAUAUGUCUGCGGCACCUGUUGACAUUUAAAAAUCUAUCUAGGCAUUUUUUGAUAAAAAUUUCCAACCACCGUACUAGCUAAACUACCUCCGAAGCGCCCACGUUUUGCGUCUAGCUCCGGGGAACUGGUCCCUCCUGCCGUGGGUGUCUACGGAGGCAAUUCUCUCGGCCUUGAAAGGGUAAAUAAGGAAAAAAAAAACUUCUUUAAAUAAUAAUUAAAAGUUUAAUGCAUCGAAAAAUUGAAUUAUUUCAUUAUAUAGUGGAGCAUCUUUAGCUUUAUUAAAGUUACUAUUAUAGAUGGAUCUACCUCUCGCGUCAUCUCGUGAAGCGACGCUCACUAUUGUUUAAUAGUUGUUCUGUUUUAUAAAACACAACUAUUUGAUAUAAUUUCGUAACUGUUAAUCUCUUCUUGUCAUAAAAACAUAUAAAUAAUUUCCAGAAAUGACUUUUUCUUAACAAAGAAGAUAAUACAAGCAGGUGUGAACGCGACGCGACGAGGGCGCGCGGCUGCGCAUAUUAAGUGAUGAAAACAACCGAGAUAAGAAAAUUAUUUUAUUAAAUCAAUACAUAAACUUCAAUUUAAGUUUUAGAGGUGAUGAUAUCACGGUGAUAAUCAUUGAAUAGAAAGUAGAAGGAACAGAUAUAACGCGUAUCACCGUCUAACGUCACACCUGUACACUCGGAACAGGUGGUGCCUCCUGGCGUAUGCAUUCGGGAUGUCUGCUUUACCUGGACGGUCCGAUACACAAUAGUUUCUGAUAACACAUUCAAAGCUACAGUUUCCUGUGUUUACAAAUAUUUCCGAAACCUCUACUGUAUGCAGGAAUGUGUAUGAUGGGACUAUACCAAAGUGUCGGAGGGUUUGCGUGGGACAAAACUGUUCGUAGCCAGCCGAGCCACGCAUACAGGUCACACCAUACAUGGAGCGAAACCCGUCAGGCCAGUUCGACUCUACUAAGGCGUAUUUAACGUGGUGACGCCAUAGUCGGCGGCACAGUGAGUGAGUGACUAUGUAUUCGUUUGUGAGAGGAGCUCGUCUUUUCGUUAAAGGUACGAGGGACAGAGACGACGCCGAUAAUGUACCCGAUCCCGGCGAUCAAUUGGAGCCCGAUCGUGCUCUUGUACAUGCGGUCUAUCAUCAGACUAAAGCCCAAAUGGCAUCGGCUUCUCAGGAAUCCAAAGAGGUGUAUAGAACCAAUCACGUGCGUAGCGGAUUGAGGACCGUACACACUUCUCGCGUCAUACGCAAGACCACGACGCUAACAAGAGCGGAACAUAAAACGUUAGCGGAUUCUUCCGUCCACUCGACGAGAAACGAAGGUACACAAACUCUAGCACUGCCCAAAAGAUCGACCGAAACUAAAAGGACCGUAAACAAAACUUCAGAAUCCAGAAAGAAACUAAAGAUUUCUGAUAUUAUCACAGGCCAUACAGAUGAUAAUCUUUCUGCACGUGAAGCUCUUCUUCGCUGGGCUCAACGUACUACAGACAGAUAUCCUGGUGUAAAAGUUACAGAUUUCACUACUAGUUGGAGAGAUGGUUUAGCUUUUAAUGCCAUAAUUCAUAGAAAUAGGCCUGACCUGAUAGAUUUUAGAUCUUUAAGAAACAGGACAGCUAGAGAAAAUUUAGAAACUUCAUUUUACAUUGCUGAAAAAGAAUUUGGUGUUACUAGGCUACUUGAUCCAGAAGAUGUCGAUACACCUGAACCUGAUGAAAAAUCUCUCAUCACUUACAUAUCUUCCUUGUAUGAUGUCUUUCCAGAACCACCAGCAUAUCAUCCUUUUGCUGAUGAUGUAAAAUCGGAAUGUAAUAGAUUCCGCGUAGAAGAUGUUCCUCCCAGAUUACAAGAUAAACAAAGGUUAUCACAUAUGAACAGGGAAUUACAGAAAUUAUUUCGUGAAAGUGGUGCUGUGGAUAUAGAAGUGGAAUUACAGUAUGAUACUAUAGAAAGACAAUGGAAUAGAUUAAUGCUUGCACUUCAAGAAAGGGACCAAGCAAUUCAUAUUGAAAUAAACAGAUUAGAAAAAUUGCAAAGAUUAGCUGAGAAAGUGCAUAGAGAAGCCAAACAAUGUGAUAACAAAUUAGAUGACGUAGAAAAAAAAAUAGCAGAAGAGGAGAAACGAAUUCAAAGACUUCAUCCAAUGGAUUCAAAGCAUAACUGUGAUCAAAUAGAAUCAAAUUUAAAACAUAUUGAAGAUAAUAUUAAGUCCAUGUUUAGAGAUGUACAAACUUUAAAAGAUGGAAAAUAUCAUCAAGCUCCUGAAUUACAAAGAAGAGUACAAAUAAUUCAUGAACGCUGGGUUAACAUUCAGUUGAAUUUUCAAUCUCGCCUUCUAAACGUUCUUGCUACUCGAUCUUUUGUAACUGAAGAGCGCAAGGUCACAAAACAACGUCACAUAGUAACAGAACAAAGACUUGUUGAAACAAAUAAAUCAUUCCAGUUUCUUCAAGAAUGUAUUGAUUGGAUAAAUAAUAAAUUGAAAGGUUUGGAAGAAGCAGAUUAUGGAAAUGAUUUGCCAAGUGUCCAAACAUUUUUAGAACAGCAUCAAAUUGACCAUAGAACAAUUGACCAAUUCCAAAAAAAUAUUGAUAAGUGUGUCUCUCAAAAGAAUCAUUUUAAAGGAGAAGAAUAUGAACUAUAUUGCAGAUUAUUGGGUAGAUUAGAAAAAGGAUAUUCUGAGCUUUUAGUCAUGUCUAAUAAACGUCUUAGUGAUUUGGAGACACUAGUAGAUUUUAUUCAAUCAGCAACAAAUGAAUUAAUUUGGAUGAAUGAAAAAGAAGAAACUGAAGUUUCAAGAGAUUGGAGUUCUAAAAACUUAAAUCUUGUUGAGGUUGAACAAUAUCAUAAGUUACUAACUAGCGAUAUGGAGAGGAGAGAAAUACAAUUUAAUUCAGUACAAGAUAGAGGUGAGAGUUUAAUUCUUCAACAUCAUCCUGCUACAAAGUGCAUUGAGGCUUACUUAGCAGCUAUGCAAACACAGUGGUCAUGGCUUUUGCAAUUAAUUCGUUGUCUUGAAGUUCAUUUAGAUCAUGCUUCAAACUAUCAUCAGUUUUUCAGAGAAGCAAAAGAAUGUGAACAGUGGUUAAAUCAAAUAGAAGAUAAAUUGAAAACAACAUUUAGUAAACAAAUAUUCAAUAUUGAUGAAGGUGAAAGGCUGAUAAAAGAAAUGCAUGAAUUGAGAAACAAUAUUUCACGUUAUGGAGAUGUUGUCUCUGCUCUAAUAGAACAAAGUAAACAUAUUGUCCCACUGAAGCAACGCAGAUAUCCUCUUCCCAGGCCGUUGCGUAUUACAGCUAUAUGCACAUAUAAACAGCUAAAUAUGGUUAUUACAAAAGAUGAACUAUGUUGGCUUCAUGAUAAUUCUCAGAAGAUCAAAUGGAAGAUAAAUAAUUCUAGUGGAGCAGAAGGAAUGGUACCAAGUGUUUGCUUUGUUAUUCCACCUCCCAAUCAAGAAGCUCUUGAUUUAGCUGAAAGCUUGAAACGACACUAUGAUAUUGUAGUUUCUCUGUGGACAACAAAGCAACAUAAACUAAGACAAAAUAUGAUUUUUGCUACCAUUAAAAUUGUAAAGUCUUGGGAUUUGGCACAGUUUCGCAGUAUGGGUAAACAUCAGAGAGAAUCAAUAUUAAAAGCAUUAAACGAAGAUACAGAAAAACUUGUGAGUGAAGGUGAUCAGGAUGAUCCUGCACUAUUAAGAUUACAAGAAGAAAUGAGAUAUUGUAAUAAACUUUUCUUGGAACUUCAAAAACAACUUGAACUUGAAGAAGCCGAAAUGUCUCCUAAAGGUCCAGUAAGACGAUUCAAUGAUAUGGUAGCAUCAAUGCAGAAUAUAUUAAAUGAGAAAGAGAGAACUUUAAAUAGUAGAGUUCAUUCUCCCAUUCCUCGCACAUUAGAUAUGUUAGAAACUAUGGUUAUACAACAUAAGGAAUUUGAAACUGAACUUCAUAAUUUGGAAUCACAAAUUCAAGAAAUUCAACAAACUUUCCAUUCAAUUACUAGAAAAUCUCCUGUACUCCAAACUAGACAUGAUACUAUGGCAGAAUCUUGGGAUAGAUUAUGGAGUAUAUCAAGAGUAUAUAUUGAAAGAUUGAAAUCUGUGGAAAUCUCUCUUCAUGGUAUGGAAGAAUCUACUCAAGUUGUCUCAAAUGUGGAAUUACAGCUUGCUUCUUAUGAGAAUAUGCCAUCUGAUUUAGAUACUUUAAGAAAAGUUCAUGAUAAUUUACUGAAUGUCCAAGUUGAAAUACAACAACAUCGGUAUACAUUGGACCAAUUAACAGAAAGUACUACAAAAGUACGUCACUUAACAGAACAAAGCAGACCAAAACAAACAAUUCAUCAUGAUGUUAAUAAAUUAGAUGAAGAUGUCAGAAAAUUAACAAAACGUUGGGAAAAUACAUCCACACAAGUUGUUGAACGACUGAGAAGUUGUGAAGCUGCUUCUGAGCUUCUAAGAACAUACAAGAGUAAAAUGGAAGUUGAGAAAGUAUGGGCUACUGAUAUGUCUUUUAAAAUAGAAGAAAUUAAACCUGUAAAACAUCCUGUAGUUGAUGCUGAGAAAGAAAUGGAAAAAUUAAUGACUUUUUAUAAUUCUCUUGCUGAGAAGAAAAAUUCUAUAGAAAAUGUCAACAUUUUGGGAGGAAGAUAUAUUAGAGAAGCCAAGAUAUUUGAUCUUCGUCUCAAACACUACAAAGAAGGUUUAGAAGAAGUUCAUCCUAGUCUUGAUGCCAGCGUCGUAAAGAAAGCAAAAUUAUCUUCUGGUGCUGAUGUUGUAAGUCAAGAACUAGAUACUCUUAAUCAACAGUAUACCAAUAUGGUGGAUAGUCUAGUUCAACAUAUUAAUGAAUUGAAAGUAGCAAUAUCAAAUCAUAAUGACCAGAAGUUCUCCGUCACCAUUCAGCAAGCCGUUCCAAUAGCUGUGAAGACGUUCCGAACUGAAUUAAUCCUUGAGCAAGUUCCUGUUCAUGAAAGAAAGACCAUCUAUCAUACAGAAUCUACUAUUAAAACAAUGAAUUAUUGUGAAGAAGAUUACAAUGCAGAAACUCAACACGUGUUGUCAUCAGUAAUGCAGCCUUCAAAUGACUUGGAAAACUCAACUUAUGUUAAUACCACUUCUUCUACAACAUUAAAUGGUGCAUUCCAUAAAUAUGAUAGCACUUUAACAUUUUCAGAAAUUAAAAGUUCGAGAAAACUUGAAAAACUAGAUCAGUCAACAAAUACAGAACAUAUAACUUCAAUAAGAGCUAUUUUGAAUACGAGAACUGGAGAAAAAUUAACACUAUAUGAAGCAAUAAAAUGUAAUAUAAUUAAUUUGAAAACAGGACAAUACUUAGAUGUAAAUACUGGAAAACAAAUGAGUUUACAUAAUGCUGUUACACAAAAUUUUAUAGAUACUGAAUUUGCUGGUUGUUUAACUGAAAUGUGUGGUAUUAUUGAUCCAAAAACAGGCAUAGAAUUAACAUUAAUAGAAGCAAUUCAAAAGGGUUUGUAUGAUCCUGAAAAUGGAGUUUUCCUGGAUCCAAAAAAAGGAAACUCCAUAAGUUUAGAUGAAGCUCUUAAUUUAGGAAUAAUAAGAGAAGAAAAACUUAAAAAUCUAAUGGAAUUGCAUAUUAUUAACAUUUCUAAACUUACACUUACUGAAGCCAUAAAAAAGCAUUUACUUAAUCCAAAAACAGGAAUAUUUACAGAUCCAGAAACACAUAAACAGCUAACAUUAGUAGAGGCCUUUAAAGCUAAAUUUCUUGAUAGUUCUUAUAUAUAUGUAAAUGAAGGUGAAAUAUCAUUAGUUGAUGCUAUAGAUAAAGGUUUAAUUGAUGAAAAUUCUGGUCUAUUAGUUGAUCAUUUGUCUGGCGAAAGAUAUUACAUUGACGAAGCAGUUGAUAAAAAAAUUUUGCAAUCUCAUAAAACUGAAGUUUAUAAUUUAAAAACAGAAGAAUUUUGUUCAGUUAAAACUGCAAUAUAUGAGAACAUUUUAGAUUUAAGUUUGGGCAAAUAUCAUGAUAUAACAAAACAAGAAAACUUUAGUUUUUUGAAAGCACGUAAAAUGAAAUUCAUUACUAACCCUUUAACUUUAAGAGAACUUGUAGAAUAUAAUUUGAUAAGUGUGAACAAUACAAUUAUUCAUCCUAUUUCUCAUGUUGAAUUAACAAUUCUUGAAGCAGUUGCAGUAGGAAUAAUAGAUACUCACACAAGAAACAUUGUUUCAAAUCAAACUGAUGAUUUACUUUCUCUUCCUGAAGCUAUGGAACAAGGAAUAAUAACAUCAAAUGGACAUUAUUAUAAUUCAGAAACCAGAGAGAUUUUUAGUUUAAAUGAAGCUGUUGAAAAAGAAUUAAUUCUUCCUAUUUCUCAAAAAACAGUUUUUGAUAUUGAAGGAAUCAAAGACUCACAAAUCUCAGAAUAUGUAAGUUUUAAUAAGGCCAUUAAAAAAGGAAUACUUAAUAAAAAUUUAAAUACAUACUGUGAUUUUUCAUCUAAUAAAUAUAUAACAUUAUCAGAAGCAACUCAACAGCAUCUUAUACAACCACAACUUUAUCAAUUACUUACUAAGAAAAUUGGAAUAAAAGAUGAUAAAGGGAAUGAAUUAACAGUUAUAGAAGCAGUCUUUAAAGAUCUGCUUGAUUCUAAUACAGGUAAAUUAAGAGAACCAACGACAAAAAAAUUUAUUUCUUUAAUGGAUGCUCUAAACCAGAAUAUGAUAACAUUAGAAGGUGCUUCAACUUUAAAAAGUCUGUUAAAUAUUUCAGUUUUAGUUAAGACUGUGACCAAUAAAACAACAAAAUUUGUAACUAUUUAUGAACAGUCUGUUAAUUCUGGAACAAAAAUAACAUUUCAAGAAGCUAUGAAAGAUGGUCUUAUUGAUGAAACCAAUGGUACAUUUAGAGAACCAAAAUCUGGUAAAAUUAUAUCUCUGGAAGAAGCAAUUAAUAGUGGACUUCUAGGAUUAACUUCUGAAUGGCCAAGUUCUCCAGAAACUGAUUAUGCACAGAACAGAACAAAACAGACUCUAGAAUUUACUUUUCAGAUUCCUUCACAUGAUACUGAAAAACUGUUGAAAAGUAAACAAGAAACAGUUACAUCUAUCAAAGAUGAAUCUUUUUCGUUUGAGAGGAUGAGCAGUCCAAAACAAGUUACUGAAAGUAAAAUAUUUAAGGAAGAAUUAUUUAAAAAUUUAGCAAGGACAGAACUAAAUUCUAUUAGUACUAAUGGAUAUCAGGAAUAUAAAUCUCUUAUGAAUGAAUAUGAGCAACAGGUAGACGUACCAUCUGGAGGUUGGUUUCUAAAAGAAGUAAUAGAAAAUGGGAUGUUUGAUUGUGAAACAGGUCUCUUUAGUAUUCUUGGUACUGACAGAUUAGUUUCUUUUGAAGAAACAAUAAAAAUGGAAAUAAUAAAUCCUAAUUCAGUCAAUGUUGUUGAUCCUACAACUAAAACUGUUAUUCCUGUGAUUAAAUCAUUAGAGAAAAAUAUUUUGGAUUCUACAGGACAUUACGUUGAUGAGAAAAAUGGCACUAAAAUAUCGAUGAAGAAAGGAAUUGGACAAAAAUUAAUUUUUCUUGAAGACAGAAUGGAAGUUGAUGCCUUAAUAGAAAAAAGGAAGUUAAAUAUCACUGCUUCAUCAAAAGAAGUUUUUCAUGAAACAGGAAGAUUAGGAACUCAUGAAAAACCAGGGGAAACAAAGCUGCUGUUUUCUGAAAUAACAAGUUUUCCAAAAGUUAGCACUUCUGAUAAAAUGGUGUCAACUACUGCAAAUGAAAUUAUAAGAAUAGCUUCAGAUAUAUAUUAUGAUCCAACUUCUGGAAAAGUCAUUAAUUCUACCACAGGGAAGAGUUCUGAUAUUGUCACUGCUGUUAAAUCUAAAGAAGUUGAAUCAAAUCAACUUAGAGUGAAAGACAUUAAUACUGGGAAUAUGUUAGUCUAUGAAGAAGCAAUCGACAUAGGUCUAAUAAAUGAAGAAACUAAUGAAUAUGUAAACUAUAAAACUGGAGAAUCAAUAUUAAUAUCUGAAGCUAUGAAAAAUGGAUUAGUGUAUUUUUUAACUUCAAAUGUUGAUUCAAAGGAUGAUCAAAUUGUUGUUCCUAUGAUUAUAGAAGAAAAUCAAGAACAUUUAAAAAGUAUUCAUCAUGACAAAUUAGAAACAGGAAAGUUUCAAGUAAUUUCAUCAAAAGACAAUUCAAGUAAAUUAAAUUUGGAUAAUGAUAAUAAAGAAAAUCAAUUUAAGACUGAAAACAUAACACCAAAAACAAGAGAAUUUGUUGAACCACGAUUUGAAGUAACAUUUGGUAAGGCUAAAUCAGUUGAGUCUCCUAAACAGGCUUCAGUCUUACAAAAAAUUAGGAAAAAAAGUGUAAAACCAAAGGAAGCAGUAAAACAAGGAUUAGUCGAUGAAACUACAGGAGAAGUAUUAAAUGAUUUAGGAAAUUUGAAAACUUCUGAUGGCAAACAGUUAUCAUUAAAAGAAGCAGUAAAGUCAAAUUUAAUUGAUGGGAAUACAGGUGCUGUUGUUGAUCCAAAACGUAAUGUAAAAUUAACUAUACAAGAAGCUCUUGAUCUUGAAAUUCUGGAUCCUGAAAAUGGAAACAUUAUGCUGCCUGUAGGUAGAUCAUUAACUCUUCCAGAAACAGCAACUCAGGGAUUGAUUCAGCCAGAAUCAUUGAAAAUUAUACAUCCAGAAAUUGGCACAGUUUUAACCAUACAAGAUGCCAUUAUCUGUGAUAUUAUCAAUCCAUUCGCUACUGUUUCUGAACCACAAAGCAGAAGCAAAAUAACAUUACAAGAAGCAGUGAAUAAAGGAAUUGUAGAUUCUAUAACAGCUGAAAUUCAUUUACCAACUGGAACAAUAAGUAUAGUUGAUGCUACGAAAGAUAUGUUAGAUUUUUAUUUUCCUGCAAGUGAAACUAGUAAAAUGCCUUUGUUAGGAUUGACAUUUCCUGUUGCUUUGCAACAUAAACUAAUAGAUACAAAAACCAAACAGUUUACACAUCCAGUUACUAAUGAACAGCUCUAUAUUGGAGAUGCUAUAGAUGCUGGUUUGAUAAUGACUGUUCCCAUUCUUCCACUUGCUGAUAGCAUUAAUGUUAUAGAAGCUUUAGAUAAAAAUUUAAUAGAUCCAAUUUCUCUAACAAUGAUUCAUCCGAAAAGUGGACAAAAUAUUCCAAUAAAUAAUGCAGUUGAAUCAGGUUUACUUCAAAUAACUGCUUACCCAUUUAUAAGGCCACUUACAUUCAGACAGGCUUUUGAAAAAAAUUUACUUAAUUUAUCAGAAUGUAAAUAUACUGAUGAAAAAACAGGAGAAUUGAUACUAAUAUCUGAAGCAAUUGUUAAAGGAUGUUUAAUUUCAGAUGAUAGCAAAUUCAAAGGGAAAUAUUCUUUAAGUGAAUCAUUUAAUUUAUUGUAUGAUGAUAAGCAUAAUAUGUUUAGAAAUCCUCAAACUAGUGAAAUAGUUAUGUUUGAAAAUCUUCUAAGAGAAAAUUUAAUUGAUCUUGAUUGUAUGAUAUAUAAUACAUCAACUGGUGAAAUUAUGACAACUCUUAAAGCAUUAGAAAAUGGAAAAUUUGAUAUUAAAACUCUAAAUUAUAUCGAUUUUGAUCCAUAUAAAAAAGUUCCAAUAAAGGACGCAUUAAAAAUGGGAAUGAUAGCAGUUAUUGAUCUCUCAGGAUUAGCUAGCACCGAGACAAUGAAAGUUUCAAAUGAUUUGCAAAACAGAAUAAUCUCUCCUAGUCAUUUGGAAGAAGUGCCUUCAAAACUUCAAUUGCUUGCUCCAUCAUUAAUUGGACAGCAUAUUAACUUGAGAAAAUUAAUUGAAUUGCAAAUUAUAAAUCCACAGAAGUGUUUAUUAGUCUUGCAAAAGGAAAAUAAGAAGCUGACUGUUGAUGUGGCUCUAAAAAAUGGGAUUGCAGUUUUAGAUGAUGUAGUAAAAGUAUAUAGUUUUACAGAAUUAAUACUUAUCAGAUCUCAAAUUCUUCAGGAAAGAAAUGCAAUUAUUGAAUUACUUGAUCAAGGUUUUUAUAAUAAAAGUUCAUCAGUAUUUGUAAAUCCUCAAACUGGAGAAAUGAUAAGUUUUUGUGAACUUGUAAGUAGCGGCAUAUUAAAUGCUGAAAAGAUAGAAGUUAAAAAUUUACAAUCAGGUCAAUUUAUAUCACUUCUGGAAGCUUUUCACAAAUUAAUUAUAGAUAGAAAAACAGGACAAAUGACAGAUCCAAAUACUGGAGAAAAAGUAACGUUUAUUGAAGCAGUUGCAUUAGGUUGGAUUAAAGCUUCAGAAGAAAGUAAAGAAGUUACUUCAUUUAUCAAAUCAUUAACACUUCAGAAAGCAAUAGAGAAUAAGUUAUUUGAUAUAGAUAUUGUCACUUUUAAACAUCCAAUAACUGGAGAAUUUAUGGAAUUUUUUGAAGCAUUAAAAGCAGGAUUUAUAGAUAUGACAUCAAUUGAUGUUUAUGAUCCUAAACUGAAGGAUCUCUUAACUUUAAAAGAAUCAAUAGAUUCUGGCUUGGUCGACUUGACAAAUAAUAUUUACAUCAAUCCCAUUACAAGUCAAGAAUUAACAUUAGAGACAGCAUUUAAGAAAGGCUUAAUUGUGAUACAUCGCCAUCCAUUUUCAUUAGAAGCAAUCAUUAGAAAUAAUUGUUACAAUCCUAAUACUGGUAUGAUUGAAGAUCCAAUCACAAAACAAAGUCACAAUAUUGAUAAUGCAGUAAAGAAAGGAUUAGUUGAUGCUUUUAUGACAGAAAUAAAAGAUACAAAAGCAGAUAAUAUAAUUUCAUUGGAUGAGGCUUUAGAAACUCAUCUAAUUAUUUCUAAAUCAGGUAAAUUGAAAGACACAGCUAAAAAUAGUCAAUAUACUUUAGAUGUUGCUUUACAAAAAGGACUAAUUAUGACAAAUCAAAUUCAAUUAACACUUUUAGAUGCAAUAAAUAAGGGUCUUUACAAUCCAUCUACUGGUUUGUUUUUAAAUCCUGCAACAGGAGAAGCAAUUACACUAGCAGAAAGCAUAAAAAUUGGAUUUAUUGAUGGUGAUUCAGCUAAAGUUAAAAAUGUUAAACAAGGAAAUUUAGUUACAUUAGAAAAAGCUAUAUUAACAGGCUUAUUAGAUGCCAAGCAGGGUCUUUUAAAAUAUCCUCAAGUCAUGACAUUAGAUAUUGCAUUGUUAAAAGGCUUCCUUGUAACUACAAGGCAACCAUGGUCUCUUCAAGAGGCACUUGAACAUCAGCUGUAUAAUUCAGAAACUGGACUUAUGAUUGAUUAUGUAAAUGGGAAAAAAAUAACAUUAGAAGAAUGCAUAUUACAGGGAUAUAUCAAUAAGAAUGCAUUGACAGUUAAAGAUCCAAGAUCAGACAAUAUAUUGACAUUACUUGAAUCUAUUCAGGUUGGAAUUAUUGAUCCAAAAUUGGGUAUUGCUAUAGAUCCAAGACAUGGAUCAGAAAUGAAUUUCUAUGAUGCAGUAGACAGAGGAUUGAUUUUAUCUGCAAAACGAAGAUAUUCCCUUCCAGAAGCAAUUUACAAAGGAUUUUACGAUUCAGAAACUGGAUUUUUUAUUAAUCCAUCAUCUCAGGAAAAGAUGUUAACAGAAAAAGCUAUUAGAAGUGGUUUAAUAGAUCCUAAUUCUACUCUUGUAAUAAAUGAGAGUGAUGGAACACUACUUACAUUUAAUCAAGCAGUUCAACAAAAUAUAAUUGAUACUGUAGAUGGAAAAUUUAUUUCAAACAGAAUGGGAAAGAAGUUCAACUUUCAGGAUGCUUUUGAUAGAGGACUAUUGAUUGACUUGAGAAGACCAUUAUCUUUAAAAGAUGCACUACUAAAAGGUCUGCAUGAUGAAAGAAAUGGUAAAUUUCUUAAUCCUGAUACAGGAAAAUAUAUAACUUUGAAAGAAGCUCUUGAAAUAAAUUUAAUAGAUGCUGAAUCUGUUCAUGUUAAAGAUACUAAAAGUGGUUUUCUAAAGAAAAUAUCUCUUUUUACUGCAAUAGAGAAUGGUAUGAUAAACAAUGAAACAGGAAAACUUGUACUUCAAGAUAAAACUGAAGUGUCGUUGCCAAUUGCUUUUGAUUUAGGUUUGAUAAUUGAAAGCCAAAUGGCAAUAUCCUUACAAAAAGCAAUAAAACAAGGAUUAUAUAUAGAAGAAACUGGAAAGUUUACAGAUCCUAAUACUGGACAAAAUAUUACUUUACAUGAAGCUGUUAGACGCUUUGUAAUUAAUCCUUCUUUACCUUGUUAUUGGGAUCCUUUAUCUGAAAGAAUUCUUUUAUUAGUAGAAACAAUUAGAGCAGGAAUUAUAGAUCGAAGAGAAGGAACAUUUCAAGAACCUAAUAGUAAUCAGUGCAUACCUCUUAAUGUAGCUUUGGAACGUGGAUUUAUAAUAGACAUUGAAAAUCCAUUUAGUUUAUGUGAAGCUGUAACUGUUGGUUUGUAUAAUCCAGUAAAUGGAAAACUAGUACAUCCCACUAAUGGAAGAUAUUUAACACUUGAAGAAGCAAUACUAGAAAAUGUUAUUGAUUUAAAAACAUCAUAUGUGAAAAAUAAACAAACUAAUCGUUAUAUGUUAUUAUCUGCAGCCAUUGAUUCUAAACUUAUUGAUGCAGAACUUGGAAAAUACAUUGUUCCAAACUCUUCUCAAAUGCUAUCUUUUAAUGAAGCUGUACAAGAGGGUUUGAUUAUCAAGUGCAAGAAACCUAUGGAUAUAGAUGAAGUAUUUAAAAUGAAGCUAUUUGAUGUAACGACAGGAAAGUUUAUUGAUCCAGAAAUUGGUGAUAAACUUGAUUUAAGUCAAGCUAUUGAGCAAGGUUUAAUUGAACCAUCUACUGCAUCUGUUAGAAAUGCAUUUACUGGUCAAUUACAGUCAAUUAGAAGUGCUAUAGAAGAUGGGAUUAUUAAUGUUUCUUCAGGUACAAUUAUUGAUGAACGAAAUGAUAAGACAAUAUCACUAUUACAAGCAUAUGAAAGUGGAUUAAUUAUUAAAACUGAGAAGCCAGUUUCAUUUCAACAAGCUUUAAAACAUGGUUCUAUUGAUUUCAGUAAAGGAACUUUUAAGGAUCCUAAAACUAUGAUUGAGUAUACUUUAGAAGAAGCAAUAAAGAAUGAAUUAAUAGAUCCUGAAUCUGCUGUCAUUAAAGAUCCAACAACAGGAAGAUUUAAAACUUUAAAGAAUGCAAUUAAAGAAAAUAUUAUUGAUAUUAAAAGAAAAGUUAUGAUACAUCCAUUUCAUGGAAAAGCUCAAAGUUUAACAAUCAUGUUUGAUCAGGGAACACUAAUAUUUCUUCAUGAGCCAUUAAGUUUUGAUCAGGCAAUUGAAAAAGGCUUUCUAAAUACAAUUACAGGACAGUUUAAAAAUCAGGAAUUAAAUGAGCCCUUAAGUUUAAAAGAAGCUAUAGUAUUAGGUUACAUUGAUUCAGAUACAGUUCUUGUAAAAGAUACAAAAUCAAGAAAAAUAUUGAAGUUUCCAGAAGCUUUUGAUCUGAAUAUUAUCGAUCCAGAGAAAGGAACUGUUUUAAAUGCAGUUACUAAUCAGUUAUUGACAAUAAAUGAUGCUUUAAGUAAUGGUUUAAUUCUAACAUUUAAGAGACCAUUAACAUUAUUGGAAGCAUUGGAAUAUAAACUAUAUAAUUCACAGACUGGUUUAUUUCUUAACCCAUAUAAUGAACUUACAUUAACAUUUCAAAAAGCAAUUGCAUCAAAUCUUAUUGAUCCUACAACAACUCGAAUACGUGAUGCUCAUAGUGGAGAAAUAAUGACAAUUCAUCAAGCUCUUGAAUCUGGUUUACUAGAUGGUGAAGCUGGCUGUUUGAUAAAUUCCCACACAAGAAAGCGUAUUAAUCUGCUUCACGCUCUACGUGAUGGUCUACUGAUUGCGGCAGAAAAAAGGAUUGCUGUAGAAGAAAAAUAUAAGUUAUGUGGAGAUAGUAUUUCCAGACUGUUUUCUUGGGUUGAGAACACUGAACUUCAGCUGGCAGAUUUAGGCCUUGUUAAAGAAACAACUGAAGAACUACAUCAUCAAAUCAAUAAUGCAAAGGCUCUUAGAGAUGAUAUUGAAGAACAUCAAAAACCAAUUUUAAUUUGUUUGGAUCAAGUAUCUCAAGUAAUAGAACAAGGUCAAGAAUUAUUGAGCAAAGAAGAAAUUUAUCAACUUCAAAAAGAUUCAGAUUUGUUAAAGAGACGUUACGAUGCCUUAUGCAUUCAAAGUGAGAAAUUAUUGAGGCGUCUUAGUGCAGCUUUGGAUGAAUUACAUAAAUUUUCAGCUGAACUUCACAGUUUUAGUAUCUGGUUAACUGAAGCAAACACUUUACUUAUUGAUAAUGAGCGAAGUCUAGGGGAUCUUCAACAUUUGAGACAUAAUGCCAAUGCAUAUAAAACUUUUGCCAGUGAUGUUAUUGCACAUCAAGCUGAUCUACGUUUCAUAACAAUGGCUGCACAAAAAUUUUUAGAUGAAUCUAAGGAUUAUCUUCGAGGUUUGAAUGACUUCAGAAUAAAUCUUCCUCAUCGUUUACAUCACAUAGAACCAAUAGAAAGUGACAUAAAGAUGAAAGUUCAGGAUAUUACAACAACUUAUCAUAAUUUAUUAAAUCGUGUUAACAAAUUAAGUGAUAAAUUUGCAGGGUUAACUAGUAAACAGUUUCAUUAUCUUGAAUGUUCAGAAAAAGCAAUCAAUUGGUUAAGUGAUGUUCAGAAAACUGCUAGGACUUUACUAGAAGAACCAGUUGCUGCUGAACCAAAAGCUGUCCAAGACCAAGUUGAUCGCCUUAAAGCAUUAAGUACUGAUGUUGUUGGCCAGGCUCGAUUAAUUGAAAAUACAAAACAAGCAUCUAAAGUUUUACUAGAUAGUUUAGAAGGUGUUUCUGUUAACUAUUCGGAUAAAAAAGCAAUCGAAGAUACAGUAUCCAAUUUAGAAAAAGGAUAUAAUCAGUUAAUGUCUGCAAUCAAUGAUAAAAGCAAUGAAUUGCAAACUGCACUUGUUCAUUCUCAGGAUGUUCAGGAUGGUUUAGAUCGUAUACUUCGUUGGUUAGAUGAAGCAGAAAACAUUCAGAGAAAUCAAAGUAAAUCCAUAAGUCUUGUUAGAGAAAAGCUUGAUGAUCAGAUUCAAGACCAUAGAAUGUUACAAACUGAUAUUGACAGACAUAAGCCAACCAUUGAUGCACUAAAUGUAUCUUCUCAGGACUUACUAAAUAAUUCAAAUUCUCGUUUAGCUAAAAAAGUAGAAAUGAAAAUGAAGGAUGUUAAUAGUCGUUUUGAGAAAUUAUGUGAUAAAAGUAGGAAACGUGGAGACAUUUUGGAUGAAGUUUCAUCUUCAUUAGAAAUUUUUGAAAUGAAAGUUUUUAAAUUUGAGGAAUGGCUAUGUUCAAUGAUGAGUUUUAUUGAUGGUCGUGAUAUUACUCAUAGGAGUGUUGACAGCUUUGAAAGAAUUAUCGAAGAUGUCAUGAAUCAACGAAAUUCUAAAAUAAAUGAAUAUGAAGAAACAGUGAAAAUGGGAAAGACACUUUUAGCAAAAAUUGAUGUUACUGAUACAUCUUAUGUACGAGACAAAUUAAAACAUCUUGAACAACAGUGGAAAGAGCUUUCAGAUGCUUUAUUAGACAAGCAGAAAUUGGAAAAAACACGAUUAGAACAGUUAUCUGCAUAUGAGGCACUAAGGGCUAAAGUUAUAGAAUGGCUUAGCAACAUGGAAGCUAGAGUAGAAAAUUUAGAACCUGUUGCAAUGGAUAAAGAUACUUUACGUAAACAAGCUCUGGAAAUUAAGCCAUUGAUUAAAGAACAUGCUGAAUAUGCAUCAACUAUUGAUAAAGUCAACCAAUUAGGAAAUGCUUAUGAUUCUAUAAUGCGUGCUGAUAGUCCACAUCGUGCUAGAAGUCCAACAAAAAAACAGUCUCCUUCACCAUCAAGCCCUACCAGACGAUCGCCAUCCAGGAUAUGGAGAUCACCUGAUAGCAAGACAAUUGCUACUACCCCUCUUUCCAGUGGAUCCAGUGGAUUUGGGAGUAGACCUAACUCUGUUGACAACCUAGGUAAUUUGGAAGAUUUAACACCAAUUCAACAGCAGUUAUCUGAGAUUAAUCAUAGAUAUAGCUUACUUGGUGUUAAAUUAAGUGAUCGCCAUCAAGAAGUUACAGAUGUUACUGAAGAGAUUAGAAUUCAUUUAGAUAUGUUAAAAGCACUUUUGUCUUUCAUACAAGCUAAAGAGAAACAAAUACCUAAAGAUAUGUUACCAUUGUCUAGAGAUUUAGCUGAAAGACAGAUGGUAGAACUAAAGAUAAUCCAAGAAGAAAUACAAGAAAAGCAACAUGAUAUGGAUCGUGUGAAAAAUCAAGCAAAUGAUCUCUUAAGAAAAAAGCCAAAUGCUCUUGGUGCAAACAAUUUACAGCAAGAAGUUAAUGAACUUGGAUCAAAAUGGUCACAGAUUCAGUCACUCAUCAAAAACAAAUUAAACUUUUUACAAGAAUUAAAGGAAUUUCAGGAAACAAAUGAUUUACUUAUUAAUUGGUUAUCACAGAAAGAAAAAAUGUUUCACGUUUUAGGACCAAUUGCAUCAGAUCCCCGAAUGGUAACUUCACAAAUGCAGCAAGUUCAAGUUAUGAGAGAUGAAUUCAUUUCACAACAGCCAUUAUUAAAUAGAUUUAAGAAAUCUGGCCAAAAUAUUCUUAAAUCUAUUGAUAGCAUUUCUCCUGGUUAUAAAAAAAUUAAAGAACAAAUGGAUAGUGUCCAAAGUCAGUGGGAUGAUUUAAUUAAUCGUCUCAAUAACAGAGAGAGGAGCUUAGAUGCAGCAAGUGGUGCAACUAAAAAUUUCCAUGAUAAUUUGAAUAAAUUACAAGAUAGUCUACAACAAAUUAGUGAUAAAUUUGAUAUGUUAUCAGAAACUGGGUCAGAUUCAGGAGAACAACUAGAAAAGUUAAAGAAUCUAGAAGAUGAUCUAGAUAAACAACGACCAUUGCUUGCAGAUGCAGAAAGUGUAUGUGAACAAUUAUGUGACAUAUUAAGUGAUUCUGCAUCCAAAAAUGAAAUUACAACCAAAUUGAAUUCAUUAGAAAAGCAGUAUAAUAAUUUAAGUAGAAAAAUCACUAAUCGAAAAGCUGAGUUAGAAUCAUCAUUGAGGGAAGACAAAGAAUUUUUUAUUUCUUGUGAUCAUAUCCAAGUUUGGUUAAAGGAAAGAGAAAAUAUAUUAAAUCAGAAUUUUCAAAUAUCUGCUGAUGAAACAAUUUUGAAACAUCAAGUGCAGGAAUUUGAGAUUACUUAUAAAGAGGUGUUGAAUAAAGAACAUGAAGUUCACUUAAUGUUAAGUAGAGGAGCAGACAUGAUGAAUAAAAUGAAUCGUAAAUCUGAUACUUUACAAUUACAAAAUAAACUUGAUUCAAUUAAGCGUCAAUGGGAUAAAAUUAGAAAAUCAGCUACUGAUAGGAUAUUGAUUACUUAUAAAGAGGUGUUGAAUAAAGAACAUGAAGUUCACUUAAUGUUAAGUAGAGGAGCAGACAUGAUGAAUAAAAUGAAUCGUAAAUCUGAUACUUUACAAUUACAAAAUAAACUUGAUUCAAUUAAGCGUCAAUGGGAUAAAAUUAGAAAAUCAGCUACUGAUAGGCAUACCAGACUUCAACAUUGUUCUGAAAACUGCAGAAAAUAUUAUGCUGCUUUAAAAGUAUUUAUUCCAUGGUUACAGCAAAGUGAAGACAAACUCAACUCUUUAAAGCCAAUUAGUUUUAAACGUGUUGAACUUGAUAAGCAAAUUAAAGAAAUUCAGGCUUUUAAAAAUGAUAUAUCAAAACAUAGUCAAGAAUUUGAUAGUCUUUAUCACUUGGGAGAAUCAGUAAUUUCCUGCUGUGAUAUUGACAAAGAACCUGUACGUGAAGGAAUUAAUCAAAUUAAAAAGAGAUGGGACAGAAUGAAUCAGGGAAUAUAUGAAAGAGCUCAAUCAUUAGAUGAUAUUUCUCAGAAUUUAGUAGAUUAUCAGGAUAAGGCACGAGAUGUCCAACAUGCCUUACAACGAUUAGAAGACAAACUGGCUUCUCAUGAUGGAUUAGGAGAUGCUUCUAGAGAUCCUAAGUUAUUGGACAGAAUAAAAACGAUGCUAUCAGAUGCUAAUGCUCUUAAAAAACAGUUGGAUCAGUUACAUGUUUAUGCAGACAAGUUAAUUUCAAAUGCAAAGUCUAAAUCAGAUACCAGUCACAUAUUGGAUGAAAUUGAAGCUUUAGAAAAGCGUCAUCGUAAAUUAACACAGAAUCUUGAAAAUCGCUGUGAUGAUUUGAAAUCUGCUUCUGAAAUAGUAUCGCAUUUUAUGGACAAAGUAAAAUCUGUUCUACAUGAUUUAAGUGAUCUAGAAGAAAAAUUAGACAACAUGAGUCCAAUUGCAAGAGAUAUAAGAACAGUCACUGCUCAAAUUAAUGAAAUGAAGGAUUUCUUUAGAAUUUUGGGGAAAAGUCAAGAAGACUUUGUAGAUGCAGAACAUCAGGGUCAUACUAUUGUAUCUCAGGGUUUUGUUCCAGAUCCUAAAGGAUGUAAAGAUCAGGUAAUUGCUAUUUAUAGAAUUAAAAUUUNGAGUGGCGGAGGGAGGAGUGCUGUCGGUAAGAAGACAGGCGAUACACGAACGAUGCUAUCAGAUGCUAAUGCUCUUAAAAAACAGUUGGAUCAGUUACAUGUUUAUGCAGACAAGUUAAUUUCAAAUGCAAAGUCUAAAUCAGAUACCAGUCACAUAUUGGAUGAAAUUGAAGCUUUAGAAAAGCGUCAUCGUAAAUUAACACAGAAUCUUGAAAAUCGCUGUGAUGAUUUGAAAUCUGCUUCUGAAAUAGUAUCGCAUUUUAUGGACAAAGUAAAAUCUGUUCUACAUGAUUUAAGUGAUCUAGAAGAAAAAUUAGACAACAUGAGUCCAAUUGCAAGAGAUAUAAGAACAGUCACUGCUCAAAUUAAUGAAAUGAAGGAUUUCUUUAGAAUUUUGGGGAAAAGUCAAGAAGACUUUGUAGAUGCAGAACAUCAGGGUCAUACUAUUGUAUCUCAGGGUUUUGUUCCAGAUCCUAAAGGAUGUAAAGAUCAGUUAGCAAAUUUACAACGCCAAUUGAAUCGUAUCAAUGAAAGGGCAAAAACACGUCAGAACAAUUUAGAGACCAUGUCAAAACGCUUGGAACAAUUUUAUAAAAAUUACAAUGAAACGACUCAAAAUUUGAACGAUGCUAUUCACAAAGAAAAGUCAUUUUCUGCUGUUGGAGGAGAAAUUGAAAUGGUUAAAAUUCAACAAGAAGAAUUUAAGAUAUUUCAAGGAUAUUGUAUGGAUGAAUUUAAUAAGGAAGUUGAUGAGAUUAAUCAAACUGGACAAAGCCUUAUUCAAUCAGCAGCUCCUGGUGUUAAAACUAAUAAUUUAGAACAAGAUUUAGAAAAGCUCAAUGAUAAAUGGAACAGUUUAAAAGAAAAAUUAUAUGAUAGAGAACGUCGACUAGAUGUAGCUCUCCUUCAGUCAGGAAAAUUCCAAGAAGCUUUAGCAGGUGUGGAAAAGUGGCUUCAAGAUACAGAAGAUAUGGUAGCAAAUCAGAAACCUCCUUCUGCUGAUUAUAAAGUUGUAAAAGCACAACUUCAAGAACAGAAAUUCUUGAAUAAAUUGCUGUUGGAUAGGCAAGGAAGCAUGUCAUCUUUAAUGACUAUGGGAACAGAAGUCAUGCGCAAUCUUCAACCUUAUGAGCAAGCACAAGUUGAAGGACAAUUAAAAAAUCUAAUGCAUAGGUUUGAAGAUUUAAUUACUGGUGCUCAAGAACGUACUGAUGCUUUAGAAAGAACAAUUCCAGUAGCCCAUGAUUUCCAAGAAAAAUUAACACCUUUGGCUGAAUGGUUAGAACAAACAGAAAAGAGAUUAGCUACUAUGGCAACUGUUCCAAUUGAAAGAGAAAAAUUGCGACAACGUAUUGCUGAACAUGGGGCUCUUCAUGAUGAUAUAAUGGAUCAUAAAGAAGCUUUUGAAGAGCUAACUGAAUUAGCACAAAUGUUAAUGAGUUUAGUUGGAGAUGACGAAGCACAGACAGUUGUGGAGCGUUUACAAGAAAUAACAGAUCAUUAUGCAAAAAUAGUUGAACAAAGUGAACACAUUGGUCAAUUAUUAUCUGAAGCUCAUGAAGGAAUAGGAAGCUUCCUUAUCAAUUUUGAAGAUUUAAUGGCUUGGAUUGAUGAAAUGGUAUCUCGUUUAUCCCGCUAUCAAAUUCUGAGUGUGUAUGUUGAGAAGUUACAAGAACAAUUGGAUGAACUUAUUGAAUUAAGUGAAGAAAUAGCUGAUCAUCAAAAGCAAGUAAGCGAGGCUGUUAAUUCUGGUCAAGAAAUGAUGAAACAUGCAUCAGGUGAUGAUGUUAUUAGAAUGAAAGAAAAACUUGAUAUGUUGCAAGUCAAAUUUUCUGAUCUAACGAGUAAAGCUACUGAUAGACUCAGACAAGCUCAGGAAACUUUACCUGUUGUUCAGAAUUUCCACAGUUCUCAUGAACGCUUAAUAAGUUGGAUGAAUGAAGCUGAAAAGGAUUUGAAAACUUUGGAAACUGUUGGACUUAGAGUUCAGGAAUCAACUAUAAGUCGUUUAGAAACAGAAAUUCAGGAAUACAGGCCUUUGAUUGAGACAAUAAAUCAUCUUGGUCCACAAUUGUGUCAAAUGUCUCCCGGUGAUGGAGCUACAGUUAUUGAAGGUCUUAUCUCUCAUGACAAUCGCCGCUUUGAUACUAUUUGUGAACAAGUACAGCGUAAAGCUGAAAGAAUUGAUCUUUCUAAACAAAGAAAUGUAGAAGUUAUUGGAGAUAUUGAUGAAAUAUUGGAUUGGUUUCAUGAAGCUGAAAAACAGAUGUUGGAAGCAGAACCUCUCAUUGUUGAUCCAGAUUCUUUAGCAGCCUUAUUAAAAGAACAAAAGAUCUUAAACGAUGAAGUCAGCAGUCAAAAAGGACGUGUUCGAGACAUACUUGCCUCAGCCAAGAAAUUAAUGAGAGAGUCUUCGAGUGAUGAUUUAGCCCAUAUCAGAGAUAAAGCCGAUGAGCUUAAAGAUGUAGUAAAUACUGUAUCAGCUCUUUCUGCUGAUCGCCUCAGUGCCUUGGAACAAGCACUCCCUCUUGCUGAACAUUUCUUUGAAACUCAUGCAGAUAUAAGUCAAUGGUUAGAUGAAAUGGAAUCUGAAGCUGAACUUUUAGAAACUCCUGCCUUGAAUGCUCAUCAAAUCAAAAAACUUCAAGAUAGGAAUAAAGGAUUAUUGCAAUCAGUUAAUGAACAUAAACCACUCUUGGAUAAAUUAAACAAGACUGCUAUUGCUUUGAAAAAGCUUUGCAGUGCAGAUGAAGGUGAUAAAGUCCAAGCAAUUUUAGAUCUGGAUAAUAAUCGCUACAACAGCUUAAAAAUGGCACUUCGUGAAUGGCAAGAUGCUCUUGAUGAAGCUCUGCAGGCAACUUCUCAGUUUUCUGAUAAAUUAGAUGGAAUGCUAAAUGCAUUAUCAUCUACAGCAGAACAGCUUAAUAAUGCUGAACCAAUAUCUGCUCAUCCAGAAAAAAUACAUGAACAAAUCUGUGAUAAUAAGGCUGUUUUGAAAGAUUUAGAUAAACGUUCAAGUGCAUUAGAAGCAGUUAGACGAGCUGCUGAUGAUGUAAUUACCAAGGCUGGCGAUUCAGAAGAACCUGCUGUGAGAGAUAUCAAAAAGAAACUUGACAGACUUAGUGAUUUAUGGGAUACAAUCCAAAAAGCUGCUCGUACCCGAGGGCGAUCUUUAGAAGAUGCUAUGAUUGCAGCGGAGAAGUUCUGGGAUGAAUUAAAUGCUGUGAUGAAAGCAUUAACAGAAUUGCAAGAUAACUUAAACUCACAAGAGCCUCCAGCUGUAGAACCAAAUGCAAUUCAGCAACAAAAAGAAGUAUUGCAGGAAAUCAAACAAGAAAUUGAACAAACCAAACCAGAGGUGGAUCAUUGUCGUCUUGCAGGUCAAGGAUUGAUGAAAUUAUGUGGAGAACCAGAUAAACCAGAAGUCAAAAAACACAUUGAAGAUUUGGAUUCUGCUUGGGAAAAUGUUACUUCAUUAUAUGCUAAGCGAGAACAAAAUCUCGUAGAUGCAAUGGAAAAAGCAAUGAACUUCCAUGGUAUCCUUCAGAAUCUUCUAGAAUUUCUGGAUUCAGCAGAAGAAAAAUUUUCUGAUUUAGGUCCAUUAGAACAAGAUAUUGAAACAGUAAAGGAACAAAUUAAUGAAUUAAAGGAUUUUAAACAAGAAGUGGAUCCACACAUGAUUGAAGUUGAAGCAUUAAAUCGACAAGCACAGGAAUUAAUGGAACGUACUUCUCCUACACAAGCAAGAACUAUAAGAGAACCGUUGGCAGAUAUUAAUCAUCGUUGGGAUGACUUGCUGAAGGGUAUUGUUGAUAGACAGAGAGAAUUAGAAAAUGCUCUUCUGCGAUUGGGUCAAUUCCAACACGCAUUAGAUGAGUUAUUAGUCUGGAUGUCACAAACAGAAAAAACUUUAGAUGAGCUUAGACCUGUUUUUGGUGAUCCUCAAAUUAUUGAAGUUGAACUUGCUAAACAUAAGAUUUUGAUAAAUGAUAUACAAGCACAUCAAACAAGUGUAGACACUUUAAAUAGAGCCGGACGUCAGUUAAUAGAAGCUAAUCGAGGGAGUGAAGAUGCCAGUGUCACUCAAAAUAAACUUAAUAAUUUAAAUAAGAAAUGGCAGCAACUACAAGAUAAAUCCACAGAAAGACAAAAUGAACUUGAAGAGGCAUUAAAAGAGGCACAAGCAUUCCAUCAAGAAGUUCAAGACCUGUUGAUGUGGUUAAGUGAUAUUGAUGGACAACUUGUGACUUCUAAACCAGUUGGAGGUCUACCAGAAACUGCUAGAGAACAAUUAAAUCGCUUCAUGGAAUUAUACAAUGAUUUAGAUGGUAAUCGACACAAGAUAGAAGCUGUAAUGCAGCAAGGACAAGAUUAUCUGAAACGAUCAAAUGAAGGUGCUGCUACUAAUCUUCAACACAAUUUGAAAACAUUAAAGCAGAGAUGGGAUAAUGUACUUAAUCGUGCUAAUGACAGAAAGAUAAAAUUAGAAAUUGCUCUCAGGGAGGCCACAGAAUUUCAUGAAGCUCUUCAAGAAUUUGUGGAAUGGCUUACAAAUGCAGAAAAAUAUAUGAGCAACCUUAAAGCUGUUAGUCGAGUUAUGGAUGCUGUAAUGGAACAAAUUGAAGAGCAUAAAGCAUUUCAAAAAGACGUUGGCACUCACAGGGAAGUAAUGCUCAAUCUUGAUAAGAAAGGAACUCACCUGAAAUACUUUAGUCAAAAACAGGAUGUUAUCUUGAUCAAAAAUCUACUAAUCAGUGUUCAACAUCGAUGGGAAAGAGUUGUUUCAAAGGCUGCAGAAAGAACUAGAGCAUUGGAUCACGGUUAUAAAGAAGCUAAAGAGUUUCAUGAUGCAUGGAUUGAAUUGACAACGUGGUUGGAUGAAGCAGAGAGCAACUUGGAUAGUACAACUCAUAUAGGUAAUGAUCCUGAGAAGAUAAAACAACUAUUAGCAAAACACAAAGAAUUUCAAAGGGCUCUAGGCUCUAAGCAGCCAAACUAUGAUGCUACAAUGAAAAAUGGUCGUACAUUAAAAGAAAAAGCACCAAAAACUGAUAUCCCUGUCCUGCAAGAUAUGAUGGAUGAGUUGAAAAAUAAAUGGAAUAAUGUUUGCUCAAAAUCUGUGGAUAGACAACAGAAAUUAGAAGAAGCUUUAUUGUUUUCUGGUCAGUUUAAAGAUGCUGUUCAAGCUCUCAUUGAUUGGUUAGAUAAAGCUCAAACAACUCUGUCAGAAGAACAAUUCUUAUAUGGUGAUUUAGAUACUGUUAUGGCAUUAGUUGAUCAGCAUAAGACAUUCCAAGAUGAAUUAAAUAUUCGAGGUAACAGCAUGGAAUCCGUACGACGUACGGCAAGAGAAUUAUUACAGUCUGCAAGUGUUGAAGAUGCUGAACACAUCCAAUCUCAAAUGACACUUUUGGAUAAGAAGUGGGAAGAAGUUGUGCAGCUCAGUACAAACAAAAAGUUAUUACUAGAAGAAAGUUUAAAACAGGCUGAGAGAUUGCAUAAAGCUGUGCAUAUGCUUUUGGAAUGGCUCUCAGAUGCUGAAAUGAAGUUACGGUUUGCUGGACCUUUACCAGAAGAUGAAGAAACAACACGUCAACAGAUAUCUGAACAUCACUGUUUCAUGGAAGAAAUGACAGAACAAGAAGUCCAUAAAGAUAAUACAAUUUCUCUAGCACAAGAAAUACUUCAAAAAUGUCAUCCAGAUGGAGUUUCUGUUAUUCGUCACUGGAUCACUAUUAUACAAUCUCGCUGGGAAGAGGUAUUUGUAUGGGCAAGACAAAGAGAACAAAGAUUGCAGGAUCAUUUAAGAUCAUUAAGAGACAUUAUGGACUUAUUAGAAGAAUUGUUAGCAUGGUUAAUAGGAGCAGAAGCCAGUUUGACUGCUUUGGAAGCAGAACCAUUACCUGAUGAUAUUCCUACUUUAGAACAAUUAAUUAAAGAUCAUCAGGGAUUUAUGGAUGACAUGUCUAAAAAACAACCCGAUGUUGAAAGAGUUACGAAAGCUUUUUCAUCAAAACGCCAACCACAUCAACAGAAUCAGGCACCCACUCGCGAGAAGGGGGCUAAAGAAUUACCUCAUAAAGCUGGAAAAGGUCUUCUGGCACCGAAAACCUCAACUCCUGGAAGACAAGCAGUUGAUCCUGAAAUUAAGCAUCCAAAAGCACGAGAGUUGGUUGAAAAGUGGCGUAAUGUUUGGCUUUUGGCAAUGGAGAGACAGCGUCGCUUACAAGAUAAAUACAAUUAUCUUCUAGAAUUGGAAAGAAUAAAGAAUUUUGAUUUUGAUGAAUGGAGGAAAAGAUUCUUAGCCUGGAUGAAUAAUAAGAAAUCCAGAGUAAUGGAUUUAUUCCGUAAAAUAGAUAGAGAUAAUGAUGGAAAAGUAACCAGAGAGCAAUUUAUUGAAGGCAUCUUAAAGUCUAAUGAUGAUGAAGUUAAAGAUGAAGUCAUGGACUUCUAUAAAAUUAUUAAGUGGGGAAUUUUUUCGGAAAGGAAUUUUUCUCCUUGUCUCCCAUUGGAAAAAUACAUAAUCAUCUGUGUUAUACUAAAUUUUAAUUUUAAAAUUGUAAAAUUGUUCUCUGUUACUUUCUCUGUUUCAUAUUUUAUAAUGGGUUUUUCUGCAUGCUAUGCAUGUAAUCUUCAAGGUUUAAAAAUAUAUUUAAGAUUGUUUUAUUUUAUUUUCCCUGCAUGUUAUUGUUGCAUGCUACAAUUUUGUGUUGUCUCUGUUUUGUCUGUGUUAUAUUUAGCCAAAGGACGAACCAAUUUAGAACUUCGUGAGCAGUUCAUACUAGCCGAUGGCGUCAGCCAGUCACUGACUCCAUUUAAACCGAAACCGAGUCCCAAUUCCUCACAAUCGUCUCAGAGUGGAGGGUCUUCAUUCAUCCAUUCAGCAGGUUCAAUACCCUCAACAGGUCCCAUUACCAAGUUAACAAAAAGAUUUAUUUUCAAUAUUUCUAUUAACAAUUUCUGCUAUUUUGGUUUGCUUUCACCAUUUCAUCUUAUAGCUCCAUUUCUGCUGUUGAGAUGUCUUCCAGUACAAAGUCUUGAGCCAUCUUUCUAUAGACCGGUACCGUCAGAAGAAGGUUCUCGAAUUCCAGUAUACUGUUGGGUACGCGAAAAGAGUGAACGUAGUGUUCCAAUGCGUCAGAGGAGAACUUCGGGUCCGGCAGAUACCAGCAGUGAUUAUAGUGGCCCUAGUUUUAGUGAAACUGAUAGUUUCAGUGCUAGAUCUGCCAGGGCUCGAACUACACCUACUUCCAAUAGUCGACUUACUCCUGGUGGGCCCAGCAGUAAAUCAUCGAGUAGAGCCGGUAGCCGACCUUCUAGCCGACCCAAUAGUCGACCCCCCAGCCGAGCGGGCAGCGAUCUAUCGGCAGAAAGCGUCGAAGCCUAUAGAAGUUCGUCCAGAACACCGACCGGUACCGCCAGGCGUCGUACCCCAGUCACCCCCCGAUCCUCAUCAAAUGCCAGAGGUACCCCCGCCUCAACUUCCAAGAUACCGUCGAUAAAACGGACUCCGUCUUUCGGAUCUUCGUCCGCGCGAUCCAGAACCACGGACGAAGACGGAAGACCCAUAGGAAGAGAGAGAUGGAAAUGAGGGGGGGAAAGUGAGAGAGUGAGAGAGAGCCGUUCGCGGACUCUUUUUUUUUAAAAACAAAAACAAAAAAAAAAUUAAUGUUUUACCAUCUGUACAUAAAAUAAUUCCGUUUUGUCCUUUUUUUAUUUGGAAAGCCGUACCGGACUUUUUUGGUCGUAACCGUGGUCACACACAAACACACACACACACACACACACACACAUACACCCUAACACUUUUCGUAUCUGUGACGUCGCGCCCUCUAACACCGACGAUAAAAGCUAGUCGGGUGGCCGGCCUAAAAAAAUUAAUAAUAAUUAAUAAUAAUAAUAAUAAUGCUCAAACGUCGAAGGGACCGUCCGGGCCCCCCCCCUAAAUAACUGUAUCCAACGUCGGAGAGUGCGUUUCUCCUUCCCAAAACAAAGGUCACGCCCGAAACGUACUCGACUUACCGGGAUCGUCCCGACGAGAGGAAGCACUCCCGGAAAACCCCGAUAUAGCGUAAAUAUCGGUACGGUAACGCAUCAGUUACUAACAGGCCGAAGCUCAGGAAUAAAAAAAAAAAAAAAAGAGUGCCACCGUGGCCAUCUUCGCCGCUAA